AUGGAAGAAAAAAAAGCAGCUGAGGACAACUCCAUAUCUUAUUACAACGUCCGAUUUACAGACUUCACGGACGAGGACAGACAGAAGGACCCGGAGAAGAUCGAGGCAAUUGGCCUAGUCAAUAACGGCCUGCAGUUUAUACCAGACACGGUUGCAAGAUUCCACAGUCUCAGACUGCUAAGAAUUGUCUCGAACCCCAUUGAGUUCCUUCCAGACCUCCUCUUCACUCUUCAAAAUCUUGAGUUUAUAGUGAUCUCCAACUGUGAAAUAACACGCAUUCCAGACACAAUCAUAAACCUGCACAAGCUGUUCAGUCUCUCAAUGCCGCACAACAAGAUCGAGUAUGUCACGCCCUGCAUCUUCUACUUGCCAAAGCUGGCGCAUAUCAACCUGGACCACAACAGGAUCAAGGGACUGUACCUGCCAGAAGAUGCAGACAUAGGCAGACAGGUGAUGUCGCUGGUCGACAAUCUGAUCCCAGAGGGGGACGACCCAGCAGGCUUCCUGGGAAGGAAGGGCCUCAGGGGCAUCUUUGGCAUAAACAUAAUCUUCACGGUUGAAGAGAAAACAAGGAGGCAGGAAAUACUGGAGCAGAGAGCUAAGUGGUACGGCGCACUAGAGCGGCUUCUGGACAAAGUGGCAUGCUGCAAGAUACCGGUAGGAACAUUCAUAUACAUAUUGCUCCUGAUUAUUUUGAUACCACUAGUCGUGAUGGCUCUUCUGACAUAUGGAAUGAAACGAUGGUCCGAUCCCAGCAAAAAUAGUUUAAUAAACUGA